CAGAAUGUGGCUUCCGAGUGCAAUCCUAUUUUCUCUAUCGAUCGCCACGUGUCGCGGGUACACGUUACCAUUCCCAAGCAGUCUCGGGCGUAUAAUCAACGGGGAGACCGUUGAACCAGGAGAAAUACCGUAUCAGGUAUCCCUGCAGCGUCCAAUGGACCGUUUCCAUUUCUGCGGUGGAUCAGUCAUCAGCGAAACAUACGUAAUAACCGCGGCUCACUGCGUUCUGGGCCGAUUGGCGAAAAGUGUGAUCGUCGUGGCUGGAACCAACGACAUCACCGAAGGGCAAGGAAUCAUCAGAAAUGUCCGACGAAUCAAUACCCACGAGGGCUACGACCCAAGAGACGCUUAUAGAAACGACAUCGCUCUCUUGAAGCUCGCUGAACCUCUUCUGAAAGUACCUAACCUCGUGGAGUACGUCAAACUUCCGAGUGCGUGCCAAGCUCUUACAACUGGAGAAGAUGCUGUGGUUUCCGGAUGGGGACGAAUUCAGGAAGGAGGUCAAAGCCCGAAGCUUCUCCAGAGAGCGACGAUCGAGAUAUCGGACCAGGAAUACUGCACGGCAAUUUACCAUGAAACAUUCAAUAUGGAAGUCGAUGAUUCCCAGGUGUGUGCGGACGUGCCUGGCGGUGGAAAAGGAUCUUGUCACGGAGACUCUGGAGGUCCUUUGACCGUAAACGGCGAACUCACUGGUCUCGUAUCCUGGGCGAACGGGUGUGCUCGAGAAGGAUAUCCGACGGUCUAUACCAGGGUCUCUCAGUUCCUGGAUUGGAUCGAGAAAACCGCAGUAUAGCCGACGUAAAGGGGUUGGAAAACGAGCGUAUUUCUCAAUACUUUUCAACCAUUAUCAAAGAAUUCUUUUGAAUUGCGAGGACAUAAUCGAGCCUCGCUAUCAAAUGAUCCAGAGCACUUAAAACUCCCUCACUUUUUCCAACAAAAGUUCCGAUUUUAAGACGGUGGAAUGAUUUCACAUGGUAGACCCGUUACUUUUAACGGUCCAUUUUCUAACCAUUCUCCCCAACUUUCGCCCGUCGACUUUUUUAGCACAGCUAUACAAUCAAAGUAAGCGUUUCACGUGUUUAUAGUACGCGGAUCAUCGAGCUAUGUUAAAUUUAACCUUGUCGCAAAAAUGCGGAGAAACCGUCGAAAUUAGCGAUAUUUUCUCAGCUAAUGAAUCAAAUUCCAACACGUCCUUCGUUUUAAAAUUCUGCUUCACGACUGCGGGACAUCAUCUGUAUAAUUGUAUAUACGGUAAGAAAAUAAGAAAAGAGAAGAGCGGAUAUUGAUCGCCACUGUGACAU